ACAGCUUCACAGCAAACAGUCUACACUCCCACACCAUAAUCAAAAAAAGUGCUAUAAACGGAAAUUAACAUUUGCCGUACACUUGCCCUCUACUGUCUUGGUAAUUAGAGCAAAUUAGAAAGAAAAAAUCCUAGAAAACAUGAGUUCUCUUUUCGGUAGUAAAAACAAGGACGCUGCUGCUUCUAGCGAAGAUAAGAAGGCUUUUUUUAUGAAACAAGUAAAGCAAGAACUUGCUGUUGCACAAGCUGGAGAACUUAUUAAUAAAAUUAACGACAACUGCUUUGACUUGUGUAUUCCCAAGCCCGGUUCUACCUUUGAUAAAUCCGACAAGGCUUGUGUUUCUAAAUGCAUGGAGAGAUACAUGGACGCUUGGAACGUUGUGUCUAAAACCUACAUUGCCCGUAUGAAGCGUGAGCAAGAAGCCUUGCGUUGAUAUGAAAAAAUAUGAAUGAAAUUCGUUGACAUUGAAUGGA